AUGAAUAUUGAAUAUAUUAAUUUCAAUGUAGAUGCAUUGUGCACAAUCGUGAUCACAAGUGAAAAUAAAAAGUUUAUGGAAACUGAUAAGAAGCGAGAAAUAUGUCUUAAUCAGUGGGUAAAAAAGAGAAUUCUGAAACAGAAAAAGAGCAAAAAAUACAUAUUGAAUGAGAACGAAAUUAAUG